AUGCUCAAUCGCAUAGAAGGUGUUUCGGAGUCUGGCUUACUUCCAAAACAAGGGGGAGAAUUCACGAAAACAGUUGACAGUGGUUCUGGUGAAAAUGAAACAAAGCCUCCACUGAAAUCAAAAGAUCUGAAGGGUAAUGAAGCUUUUGGAUCCAAAGGAAAAUGGAAGCUAGUUGAUGAAGAAGAAGAAGAAGAAGAUUUAUCAGAAGGAGCUCAACUUAAAAGAAAGAAACGUGAUCAAGAUCUUGAUGAGAAUCUACGAGUUUCCAGAGAAGCUAAAGCUCUCGAACGAGAGGCUCGUGAUGCUUAA